AUGAACAUCUGUCCAUCAAAUUUGGUUUGCUUACUUCUACACUUACAACCACGUGGGUUGGCGGGUGAAUAUUUGGCUCAAGUUGGUGCCGGUGCUCUAUUGGUUGCGUCGACGACAGCAUUGCCAUCACAAGAAAACAAUUUUCCAAAUUUUACUCCAAAACAUCGCAGUUUAAUGGCUAAACACUUGACGAAAACAUUAUAUGACAAGUUGAAGUAUAAACAUUCGAGUAAGGGGUAUACACUGGAUAUGGCGAUUCAAACUGGCAUUAAUAACCCACACCUUAGAGUUGGUGUUGUAGCUGGUGAUGAAGAGCGUUAUCAAGUUUUUAAGGACUCUAUGACCCUGUGUAUAGAAGGAUGGUAUGGAUAUAAACCAGAAGAUAAGCACCUAACCGAUAUGGAUGUAUCAAAGCUUGAAAAUGCCGAGAUGAUUAAUAAUGCAUAUGUACAGUCGAUACGUGUGGGUGCUGGACGUAAUAUUCGUGGUCUUAGUUUGCCACCUGGAACGACGCAUUCGGAACGUUUGAAGGUGAACAUGACGAAAGGAAGAGAAAGAUCAACUUCAGAAAAAAUAUUCUCUCAUUCAAAAACCUGGGGUGGUACCUUGCUUACGGGUGCUGGUGCUGCACGUAACUGGCAAAGUGGACGUGGUGUUUUUCACAAUGACCAAAAGACGCUUUUAGUCUGGUGGAAUGAAGAAGAUCACAUGCGUGUCAUUUCAAUGCAGAGUGAUGGAAACAUCGUUGAAGUCUUUGCCCGAUGGGUCAAAGCUGUUGAAGCUGUAGAGGCUAGUGUUAAAGCGAAUAGAUAUAGCUUCACGCACAAUGAGCAUCUUGGUUUUCUCGGUGCGUGCCCAUCGCACAUGGGUACAGGAUUGCUGUGCACACUUCUUGGCUUGCAACUAAGAGGAUCUGCUGGUGAACAUUCAGCUGCUAUUGGUGGCAUGUGGGAUAUUUUGAAUAAGUCUCGGAUCGGAAAGCCGGAGGUGGAGCUUUUCUUGACCAUGAUUGAUGUAGCUGGAAAGCUCAUUGAGCUAGAAAAAGAAUGGGAAAAUGGCAAAAGUUACGCGGACGUGUAG